AUGAUUAAUAAUAAUAAUUGUGCCGAAGCAGAAAGCAACAUAUGUGGGGAUAUAGAAGAAUUAAUUGACGAUUUAAUAUAUUAUGUUAGAACAAACGAUAUAGUAGAAGUAAAAAAAAUAUUAGAAGUAGAUUCCAGAAUUACAAGUUUAAAUAAUAUUAAGGAUGAGAAUGAUAAUACAUUAUUACAUUUUGCUUGUGCAAAUAAUAAUAUAGAUAUGAUUUUAUUUUUACUUUAUGAAUGUUGUAUUGAUUAUAAUCAAUAUAAUAAAAGCGGUAACAGUCCCUUGAUGUGGUCCAUACAGAAUAAACAUAUAGAAUCUACCAGAGAAGUUUUAUUCUUUGAUUAUUAUUUAAAUAAAAUUAAAUAUAAUAAUUUAGAAAAGAAAAAAAAUCAAGUAUUUGAAAAUAUGAGAAAUGUAAAUGAUAAUAAUUUUAUAAGUCAUAAUUUUAGGUUAUCUCCAAAUAUAAAAAAGAAACUUAAUAUAAUGGAUAUAUAUAACUUGUAUGAUGGAAGGGAUGUGAAAUAUAUAAACAAUGGUCCUAUAAACAAUGUUCAUAUAAACAAUGGUCAUAUAAACAGCGGUCAUAUAAACAAUGGUCAUAUAAACAGCGGUCAUAUAAACAAUGGUCACAUAAACAGCGGUCAUAUAAACAAUGGUCAUAUAAACAAUGGUCAUAUAAACAAUGGUCAUAUAAACAGCGGUCAUAUAAACAAUGAUAUAAUUAUAUGUGAUGAAUUAUUACAAAAUAGUAAUGAUAAGCAACUUUUUCUUUAUAAAGAAAGGAACAAAAUAAAUUUGUUAAAAAAAAAUGAAUUUAAUAAAAGUAUUUUAUCCGAAGCUUUUGAUGCUCAGAAUGAACAGAUUCUACAUUUAGUUUUGAAUCACCCCAUAUCUGUUGUAUUGGAUAACCAAGAAGAACCAUCAGAUGAUGAUAAUAAGAAUAAAGUUGAUAGUGAUAUGGAUGUAAGUAUGAGUGAACAUCCCCCCACAAAACAUGAUAAUAAUAAUAAUAAUAAUAACAAUAUUAAUUGUAAUAAUGUUUGUGGUAGUGUGACCACUAAGAUUUAUAAUAAUGAUUAUAAUACAGAAGAAAUAAAAAAUGAAUCCAAUAUAGAAUUUACAACAAAUAUUCAAGAAGCAAAAAUAAUUCAAGAAAAGACAUAUGAAUUAAUAAUAAACGAUAAGAUAAAGAAAGAAGAAUAUGAUGAUAGUAAUAAUAGUAAUAAUAAUAUUAUAAUACAGAUAAGAGAAGUUGGACUUAAUUAUUUUGGAGAUACUCUCGAUGAAUCGAAUCCAUGUAAUGAUCUUACAGGUAUUAAUAUAUGGGAAAGUUGUCUUGUGGCUAGUCGAUGGUUUAGCGAUUUAUCUUUACAGAAUUUUUUUUCGAAUAAAAAUAUUUUAGAAAUUGGUGCUGGCAGUGGUUUGGCUAGUAUUACAAUAUUUAUAUAUUCUAAUAUUUACAAUAAUAAUAAAGAAAAAGGUAUAAAGAAUUUAAUUAUAAGUGAUAUAAAUAAUAUAACAUUAAAUAAUAUUAAACAUAAUUUAUUUUUAAAUGAAUAUUUAUUAAAUUUUAAUAAUUCAGAAUGGAAAAAUAAAAUUACUGUUGCUAAUAUAGAUUGUACAAAUAUAAAUACAUACCCACGAGAAAAUAAUCAAAUAUCUAAAUACGAUUGUAUUGUAGCUAGUGAUAUUAUUUAUGAUCAUAAAUUAGUUCCCUCUAUUAUAUUUUUAUUAAAUACUACUCUACAAACAAAUGGUACCUUUCUAUAUGUAUGUAAAAAAAAUAGAGACGGUAUACAAUUAUUAAUAAACCAACUGGAAAAUAAUAAUUUUACAAUACAUUAUUUUACACCUCCACAAGAUUAUUUUAAAAAUCCUUUUCUUAAUUUAUCACAAAAUAUUUUUAACAUGAAAUUCUCCGAGUUCGACGAUCAACAAAACUUUAUCAUGAUGAAAUGUCAAAGGUUAUAA